UUAAUUCCCAGCUCACAUUUGUAUGAGAUGUAUUGAAAUGGCAUCACCUGCCAAUGUUUUCCUUCAUAAUAACUGAUUUGAAUGGUUAUCAUUAAGAUCAUUGGUCAAGCAUGACGCAUAUUCAUACUGCCAUCAUUUCGGUUUUGUUCUGCAUUCGUAACAAGUAGAUCUAAAUAUAUUUACAUGACAGACGACUCGUGUCAAGAGACUUCGUGCCAAACAACAUCAACAACAAUAUCUCCUAACUGACGAAUACUCUGACUCAUUAUAUAAGCACUCUCAGGGACAAUGAUGAAACCGUGUGAGCUGGCUGUCUUUUUGAUUUCGCUCUAUCUUCAAUGUUUUAUAUCGGUGACUUCGGCAGAAUCACAAAGUACGAUCCAAAACACGAGCCAGGCUGAUAAAUCCGAUAAUUUAUCCCGUUUCCCGCAAAUUCCCAUCAAAUUCAAAGAGGUCAAAACUAUUCAACUGGGAAAAGCAAACCACACUGACGAGAAGAGUCGAAAUGUAACGUGGAAUCUGACUGGAGUGAAUAUGACGGGAAAGCCUGAGGACGUCUCGCGAUUCAACUACGAGACUUUAUGGAACAAUGGAUUAUUGACACUGACCCUGGUUCGUUUUGAAAUCCAAAAACAACAACUGAAGACGCAACUGAGACAAGGUUCUCAAAGACAAACCUUCUACCAGGACGAACCCGAGAACUUUCUAGAAAAUUCUUUUUUUACUCAAUCUGACAUUGAGUCCGUGAUUCCUGACUUCCUGCGGAGGCGAUUCAAGAGAAGGGUCUUUGGUAGGGACACGCGUACACAAAUUCCUCAAGGGGAAUUUCGUAAAGUUCCAUUUUCAGCCGUCGUUAAGAUCUCAACUGGCUGUACAGGAACUUUGAUAUCAAGCAUUCAUGUCCUCACAUCGGCCCACUGCGUCCAUGACAGCUCCAAAUACAUUGUGAGCGUGAAAAACGUCAAAGUUGGCUUCCCAAAGCAUAAUGGAAAAAUGCGGUGGGCAGGAGUGAAGAAUAUUAAAGUACCACGCGGAUGGACAACGGACAAAGAUGUCAGCUAUGACUACGCAGUUUUAAAGCUGGUGCAUCAUCACCGUCGUAAGUACAUGGUGCCCGGUUCUAUUGUCUUGACACGUGGAUCCAUCACGACACACUUCCUAGGCUUUCAUCAAGACAAACCUGCAAAUUCCUUGUGGUAUUCUUUCUGCAAAGCACGACCGCUUGAUCAUGUCAUCAUCAACCGAUGCGAUGCAAUGCCCGGAAGCUCAGGCGCUGGAGUAUACCUCCUCUCCAAUAUUGGGUCCAAAACAGUACGGUUCAUUGUUGGGGUUCUGUCUGGUUCAGGGACUGUGCGAUUUCGCAAAAGUAACGGGCGGUCAAGGCGGUUUAAUAUUGCAACCAAGUUGACUCCAUUAAAAGCCGCGCAAAUCUGUGCUUGGAUCAAAUCGGCGCCUUACUGUAAUGCCCUGGCAUAGACUCUAACCUUUGCGGUCAUUACGUAAGACAGGUUCAAAUAUUAGAGAGUUUUAGAUUUACGUUCACGGCAAAUGUGAAACGUCAGUUGACCAGUAAAAAAUUCUUUUAAAUUACUGAAAAAGAAUCGCAAAAAGUCCAUGUAG